AUGUCAAAUAGCUAUUCAUCGAAUGCACAAAAAAAAGUUAUAUCCACAAGCGAGUGGGAUGAUAAACUUGCAGAAGUUAAUAUAUCAAAAUCUGAUUUAAAUAAAUUAGUUAUGAAUUAUCUUGUCAUUGAAGGUUAUCAAGAAGCAGCUGCAAAAUUUCAAGAAGAAUCAUCUACACAAACAACUGUUGAUCUUGCAUCAAUAGCAGAUAGAAUGGCAAUAAGAUCAGCGAUACAAUGUGGUGAUGUUGAAAAAGGAAUUGAGAUUGUCAAUGAUUUAAAUCCAGAGAUAUUAGAUACAAAUCCACAACUAUACUUUCAUUUACAACAACAAAAAUUAAUAGAAUUAAUUAGAAAGGGUAUGACUGCUGAAGCUUUAAAAUUUGCUCAAGAUGAACUUGCACCACAAGGUGAAGAGAAUAAUAAAUUUUUAGAAGAACUUGAAAAAACGAUAUCAUUAUUAGUUUUUGAAGAUACAGCAAAAUCACCAUUGUCUUCAUUAUUAGAUCACUCACAAAGACAAAAAACUGCAGGUGAAUUAAAUUCUGCAAUUCUUUUAAGUCAAUCUCAAGAUAAAGAUCCAAAAUUACCAACAAUUUUAAAAUUAUUAAAAUGGGCUCAAACUCAAUUAGAUUCAAAAUGUAUUUAUCCUAAAAUUACAAAUACUGUAACUGGCGAAUAUGAAUAA